AUGCCUCUCAGCAUAAGCGACCUGCCCGCAGAAGUGUUACUCCAAAUUGCCCUGGAUAUCAGACGCCCAAUCCAUCGGUUACACCUUGCUUUGUGCUCUCAUGCCUUCGCUGACAUAUUUCUUCCCAUUGUUUUCCAUGAUAUCCAGCUGAACGAUCCCCAUGCCAAGGUUAUCAUUCCUCUCGUCCAGACGCUUCUCCGCAACCCGCACUUCGCAUCAUGUACUCAAACUCUUGGGAUACACGAAUGGUCGACGGAACUCAAUUAUGAGGGUAAUAGCUAUGAUCCACCAGAAACCCUUCCGUUGCCCAAUUCGGAGUUGGUCUUUGACCAAGACCUUGCCCACGACGCCGUCCAACGGCUUUUCGCUGCCAGCGACGAGCGUGCGCUAUCCAAAUUCAUGGCUCAUCUUUCCGCUGCAAAUGAAGAUGCAUGGAUCGGCUUGCUACUAUUAUCUCUCCCUAACUUGAAAGAAUUAAUCAUGUCUGUGCCAUAUGGCUGUUUUUUCCCACGCAUACUCGCCGAACGUGUGGCGAUAAGGUUCCCACCAUUUGAUUCCCGACCAGCAUUGACCCGCCUUUCCCAUGUGUUCGCCAAAUGGUAUGAUAGCGAGAACUCGCUGGAAUCUGCAGUGCUAGAGCCCUUCUUUUUCUUCCCAUCUAUGGGCAAGGUUUCUGGCGAACAAAUUGCACAUUGCUCACCAGAAGAAGAAGAAGAAGAAGAAGAAGAAGAAGAAGAAGAAGAAGAAGAAGAAGCAGAUGCAUUUGAAGAGCUUAAAAUUGUUGACAACGGGCGCAUUGCGUAUUCAAAAGAUAAGCCCACGACUUCCACAGUGGCUGAAAUAGACAUGUCGAGAAGCAGUACCAAUAAUGGCAUGAUUGACCAAAUUAAAAUGUGCAAGAACCUCAGAUCAUUCAGAUUCGAGCAUGCCGACUCCUUUGAAUAUAACUCUAGUUUCCUACCAAAAGACUUUGCCCGCUCUCUCACACAUGUCAGACACAGUCUCGAAAGUCUCUGGCUGAGCUAUGAUGACUAUCAUUUCAAUGGUCAGAUUUACCAGGCAGACGACGAGACUUUCGGUUCCAUGGAUGACUACCCCGUCCUGAAAUCAGUGUACAUAUCAGCGAAACAUCUUAUAGGGAGUGACGUGCUGCGCAACUCAGACAACAACCCUUCGAACCUGGAAAAUAGCCAACGGCUGGCACGUAUGCUCCCCGCUUCGAUCCAGUCGCUUACACUAGCCAAUGUUUCCAAACGCGACUACCUCGGUGUCCUCAAACAGUUGAAGAAUUUAGUUGAGCCGCCCAACCUCUCGCAAUACACACCCCGGCUCAGUGUUUUAAAAAUUCAGGGGGUUUUCUCCCGAAUCUACGAGCCGAAUCAGCCCGGCAUUGCGGUGACGUUAGAUGGGCCGGGGCCGGUUAUCCCUCCAGAAAUUCUGGACCCCGCUGAAGAGCUGCGGGAUUUAUGUGCAGGAGUUGGGAUUGGGUUUGAAUUGGUUGAUACGCAUACUCUUUGGUUCAGAGAAUUGAGGAAGAGGUGGAAUGGGUGA